AUGCUGCACAGAUCUAUAACAAGCACGUAUGUGCGCAGGAGGCUCUUUAGUUCAACUACAAUCAUUAAGUCGUCUGCUAUAACUCUUAAAGAAGCUCUUGAAGAAGUUAUACCUCAAAGAAGAGAUGCGAUCACAGAAUUCAAGGCUGUAUAUGGGGACACAGUAGUCGGACCGAUUACCAUUUCCUCAAUUCUAGGAGGAAUGAGAGGGAAUCAGUCAAUGUUUUGGCAAGGAACAUCAUUAGAUCCCGAACACGGUAUAAAGUUCCAGGGUCUAACAAUCGACCAAUGCCAAAAGAGGUUACCUGGCACAGGUAUUGAUGGUGAUAAUUUCUUACCGGAAUCAAUGCUGUGGCUACUAUUGACAGGUAGUGUACCUACACUUGAGCAAACAAAUUCUUUAAAAAAAGAACUAGCGUUUCGCGGAAGGAAAUUACCCCAGGAUACAGAGAAAGUGCUGUUAUGUUUACCUAAAGAAAUGCAUCCCAUGACCCAACUUGCAAUUGGGUUAGCGUCUAUGAAUAAAGGGUCCGUAUUUGCUACAAAUUACCAAAAUGGGUUAAUAGGGAAGAAGGACUUUUGGAUUGACACCCUUGAAGAUUCUCUAAAUUUGAUUGCUUCUCUUCCACUCCUGACAGGUAGAAUAUAUUCAAAUAUCACAAAUGAAGGACGUUCAUUGGGAGAGUAUAGUGAGGAUACAGAUUGGUGUUCAAAUAUAUGCUCUUUGCUCGGAAUGACCAAUGGAAGUAAGUCUUCCAAUAAGUGUAGUCUCAAUUCCCAGCAAUCUCUAGAUUUCGUCAAUUUGAUGAGGUUGUACACCGGUAUACAUGUUGACCACGAGGGAGGCAAUGUUUCUGCACACACUACUCAUUUGGUGGGGAGUGCGUUAAGUGACCCAUACCUCAGCUACUCAUCCGGCAUAAUGGGGCUCGCCGGACCAUUGCAUGGGUUAGCCGCACAAGAAGUGGUGAGAUUUUUGCUUGAGAUGAACUCAAAUAUUUCCAGCGUCGAACACGAGGAGGAAAUCGAAGACUAUCUUUGGAAAGUUUUGAACUCAAGCCGUGUAAUUCCUGGAUAUGGACAUGCAGUUUUACGAAAACCUGAUCCUCGAUUUACAGCAAUGCUUGAAUUUGCGCAAGCCAGGCCCGACGAAUUCAAAAAUGACGAAAAUGUUUUGUUAAUGCAAAAGCUGUCGGAGGUUGCGCCUAAGGUUUUGCUAAAGCAUGGCAAGAGUAAGAAUCCGUUCCCCAAUGUAGACUCUGCUUCCGGAAUUUUAUUUUAUCACUAUGGAAUUAAGGAACUACUAUUCUUCACUGUAAUUUUUGGGUGUUCAAGAGCCAUAGGACCUUUGACCCAACUUGUUUGGGAUCGCGUUUUAGGCCUACCAAUAGAAAGACCGAAGAGUUUGAACUUUGAAGGUCUCGAAGCCCUCACAAAGGUGAUAUAG